UGACAAUGCAACAAGUGCGCCUUAUUGUCACCAGAUUCUCGAGACUGAAAACGUCAAAAGCUGGACUAGAGUCCCCACCCUCUCGGGGUGGCUAUGCUUACAUCACACCCUCAUGUGAGAUAUCCAGACCUGUACCGGUUGUGUACCCUCUGUUCCGAGGUGGCGUUGUUCAGAAAGUAGCUAUUGGAAACGGUUUUAUAGUCGGAUCUUAUGAAGAACAUAAGAAGCAAGUUAUAUCUGCUUACGGUGUAAAUAGGACGUUACAACUGGGUCAGCCUUCAGAGAAUCAUUUGUUUGACAAAAAGACGUGGCGAGUUGAAGAACCUGUGACUCAGUUAAGAAGUGGCAGGGCACACACACUAGGGCUCACUGAAUCGGGGGUUUUGUUUGGAUGGGGUAGUAAUAACAUGGGGCAGCUUGGGUUUUCUAGGACUACAUCAUCAUGUCCCUUCACUCACUUCAGUCUCAAAGGAAUUAAACAUUUAGCAACUGGACUGGACAACUCAUUCCUUGUCACGUGUGAUGGGUGUGUCCUCUCUUGUGGCUGGGCAGCUGACGGACAGACAGGAUGUGGCUCCACUCAAACCCUGGACUCGUUCACUGAGGUCAAUAUACCACAUCCCGUUACUAAAAUCAGCUCCAGUGCGGACAGUACACUUGUACUGUGUAACAACGGUAAGGUCUUUGGCUGGGGAAAUAACGAAUACAACCAGAUAUCACCCUCAUCGGAGAUGCAGAUCUUGGAACCGUGUGAGAUAGAGCUUCCUGAACCAAUCACAGAGGUUGCUGCUGGAGGAAGCUUCUCCCUCUUCCUGUCAACUUCAGGACAAGUUUAUAGCUGCGGGUAUGGUCCUGGAACGGGACUUCAUGCUGACGAGACAGUGUCUGUACCAACACUUGUACCAACAUCUCAUAAGUUAGAAUCUAUAUCAGCUAGUUUAGACCAUGCAGCAGGGAUUACUUCUGAAGGUGGUGCAGUGAGGUGGGGCCGAGGUCAGCACAGUAAACUUAUAUCUGUAAAUGAUGAAGAUAUUGUUGAGCCAGAGUUGUUGGAAGGACUUAAACCCAAAGUUAGAGAGGUUUUAUGUGGUCCCAAUAAGACGUGUGUUAUCACUGAGCAGCCUAUUAGAUCCGUGUCCAGGUUGGGUAUGAUAGAACCUGGAGAAGAUGAUAGUGAUAGUGAGGACGAGGAUCCUUAGUUUUAAUUAGGCUGUAAUUUUAUUCAUCAUUAAGUUAUUAUAGGUCUAUUCUCUACUUUUCGAUUUAUUGGGGGUGAAGCUAAGGCCAUGCAACGGCUGUAUAAUAGAUAAUUUAAGCUGUUUUCUUAAGUUUUAUGAUUUUUGUCUUAUAUUUUGAUUACGUAUUUACGAGCUGUCUUACUUUUAUCUUUUUAUGUCUUCAAAAUCAUUCUUCAAGUGCAGGGAAAACGAUUAUUUCAGAUUCAAAAUUCGUUACCCAACAAAACAAUCAUAAAACUAACACAACAUAGAUAUGUGACUCAAGUGUUGGUUUGAGAUUCCUCCUCGCUAAUGGGCAAUGGUGCCUCUGCACAAGCUCCAGGCACAGCAGAUAUUCAUGAUCUAUUCGAGGAUACUGUGUUUGAUGAAUUAGAGGUGAAAAGAAUAACUGCUAUAAACGGUGAAAGUGGGUUAGAGGGGAUACUGGCCAAACUUCUUCCAAUGCCAAUUCUACCUCACAUUCUCCUUUGGUUAAGAGAUCAAGCAAGGAAAGAGGAUUUGUCUGAGGAAAUAACGAUUGAACAGAUAAUAUACUUGCUUGAUACCCUCCAUCCUUCUCAGCUGAUAGAGAACAAGAGAGACUUUGCCUGGAAGUUAUAUGAUAUAGAUGAAGACGGUUACAUAGCACAGUUAGAUUUAGUGGGAGUGUUACGAUAUUUACUGCCAGCUCUACCUCUGUCAAAACAUCAGGUUUUGGCUCGGAGAGCUCUCGCUAGGUUCCCCGAGAAACGAGUUGCAAGGACUGAUUUUUAUAAACUUGUUCCGGAUGCUCAGAUAAUGAAAAUAUUCACCAGGCCGAUUCUGCUCUGACCAUUUUUAUUAUACUCAAACGUGAACCAUUUAUUUAUUAUAGCUGUAGAUAGCCAACUGACAAAUAAACGAAUUAUUUAUUAUUUUGGGGGGGGGGGGGGGGGGCAACCAUAUUAAAGUAUAUUAAAGUAUAUCCCCGGGUCAAAAUCGGAAAAAAUCCUACAUUUUAAUAUACUUUAAUAUACCUACAAUUAGAAGAUUUAUAUUCUUCGUUAAGAUUUACAUGAUGAACUAUAUUUUUCACUCAGAUUCGCAAGAUAAGCCUGUUUUAUGACUAGUACAUGAA